AUGACUUCAAGCGAGAUAAUAAUAAAUAUCGAAUCUCCUACACCUCCAUCUAGGCGAUUUCACAACCCCGCUGAGGACCUUAUGGCUCAACCUCAGGAACCUAGACAGUCAUCUCGUUCCCCAAGAACUCGGCGCAAAGAUCCAAGACCUGGUGCUUCUCCAACUACGAUAGUCUUAAAAUCCAAAAAAGGAGUCCAAGGCCAAAAUGAAGAAGGAAUAACUGGGACAAAAGGAGAUAACAGAAAGAAAUACCUAUCGAUGGAUCCAUCAGUCCUUUUUCAAAACACCGAAAGUCCGGAUGAUAUUAUGGACCUCGGGAGUGAUAAAGAAGGCGGGAUAACUCAGCAAAGCUCUAGCGAUAUAUCUGAAAUGUCAUACGAUGCAGAUGAUGAAGAUGGGACUAAUGAUACAUCUACAAGCCUAGAGAAAAUAAUGAAUGCUUCUGAGGACCAAAAAAAUAACACUAUCAUUAGGAGAGAAGAUAUGGAUGCAAUGAGUGUUGACAGUGGUCAAGAAGAGCAAGGAGGAAAGCGAAGGAACCUUAAAAGAAACAAUGACAAUGACGAUACGAAUCUCGGAGGUAGAAAGCUAAGGAAAGUCGAAGAUGGGGGCCCGGACGAAAACGAACUUGAGAUGGAUAUUGAUGAUAUCUCGAGCCUCGGCCCGAAUAUUACAGCUGCUCAACUACGGCCGACUAGAGCUCGUAUAGAGGCUCCCGAGUUGGUUCCUGGAGGUGUUAGACCUACGCCACUGACCUGGAUGACCUACAAAGAUUUCGAGCAGGAAAUUGUACAGUUUCAGCCAAGAGGAUUUCAUCACCCGAGACAGCCAAUCAGUGGAUAUACGUAUGCACCCUGCAAUAGCUAUUUUUUCGCAAAGAGAUGGUGCGAACGUGAGUGUGAGGCAUGGAAACUCAUGUGGGAUUUGGAGGACGUCCCGCCAGGAUGGUUAUGCGAGUUUUUCGAAGACAUCCUCCCAGGGGUACAUAAACCCGUUCGAGAAGGAAUGAUGGCCACCGCCUUUAUGUACCGUGCCAUUCAACUCGUCUGCUUCCGAUACCAGCAUGAGACGAUGAUUAUCGACCUUGCCCUGCGUGUCGAAAGAAAUCCAAAGUUUUUGCAAACUAUAUCACCAUCUUACCGCCACUAUCUUUCUAAGUUUUCCUACUUUCGUCGGUUCCAAACAGUCGUGCAGGUCGAUGGUAAAACAAAAGAAAUAACUUUGGCUCGGCCUAUCGCUUCCAGAAGGCGGGCGGAAAUAGAAAUGAGAAACCGGAAUAACAACAAGAAUAGAAAAAAGCGUGGGUUUGAAAUGAGUCCCACUGGCCAGUGUCCACCGCUAUGGGAUAGAGGGGUUGUGUUCCCUUUCGUUCCGGAUUAUCCGUAUACCUUCGAAUCCUAUGCGCGGUAUGAUCCAAUGCAUCCGUUUCGAAUGAACCAGAGGUCCACAAAUAAAGUAGGGAUUCCGCCGAUGAAGUAUGGGUAUGAAGAAUGGAUUCAUCUCAUCAAGCUGAUGCAUAAGCGGGAAGGGGGUAGCCUUAGCGAGCCUCACAAGUAUACGCAGUGGCGAAACAGAUGCAUAACAAUACAUGAAAAGGCACAAGGGGAUACAAAGACUGAUUUGUGCGGUUUGUUACAAGAGUGCGAGGGAAAAAUGAUUGGAAUGCGCAGUUCGCAUAUGGUGGAAGACUGUGCUGAAGUCGAAAUAUAUGGUAUUUGUAUCUGUGGACCCCUAGCGAUGAUGGUAAGGUUGCGGAGGAACCACUUUGUGCCCACAGAUGUUUAUAAUUUAGGGUUAAGAGGACAUCAGAAGGAGUUUUUAUGGUUGGUGGUAAAUGCUGUGGCAGAUGUUUUUUGGAAAGAAAAUGUUUUAGAAAGAGGAGGUACUGGAGGGUUUCCCGGGCCAGGGCUGGGUAGCAAUUCUGGUGUACCUGGUAGUUCUCGAAAGGCUGUAAUUUUAGUUAGAGAGGACCUUCAUGAGGAUACGGAUAUAGAGGACGAAACUAUGAGUCAUCAGGAUAACGAUUCUGAUGAUGGCAUCGACAAUGUUUCUAACAACGACUACGAGCCUUAUGUAGAUGAACUGGAGGAGGAGUACUAUGAAUACGAAUACGGCGAAGACGAUGGAAGUGAGGAGAUUGAUGGGUCGGGUGAUAAAAAGGACCACUAA